AUGACUGCAUCAUUUGUUAUCUUCUUAUCACAUAUCAUUUUUAUCACUUAUGCAACAUCAAAUCAACGAUAUUUUAAACCAAAUAUGCAAAAUAAUACGACAAUAACAAUAAGAAGAACAAUAACAACAACAGCAACAGCAAUAGCAAUAUUACAUAGUGAUAAUGGCAAUGUUAAUGGAACUAUUCAUUUUCAACAGGGCAAAAAUUCGACAACUAUUAGUGGUGAAAUCAAAGGUUUAACUCCCGGUUUGCAUGGUUUUCAUGUACAUCAAUACGGUGAUACUACAAACGGAUGCAUUUCUGCUGGUCCACAUUUCAAUCCCUACAAUAAAACACAUGGCGAUCCAACCGAUGAAAUGAGACAUGUUGGUGAUCUUGGAAAUAUUGUGGCUGGAGCUGAUGGCACUGCUCACAUUGAUAUUUCUGAUAAGCAUGUACAGUUACUCGGUCCCAAUUCAAUAAUUGGCCGUUCAAUUGUUGUGCAUGCUGAUCAAGACGAUCUCGGGAAAGGAGUUGGUAACAAGAAGGACGAAAGUCUUAAAACCGGUAAUGCUGGUGGCCGUGUUGCAUGUGGUAUUGUUGCCAUCAGUGCUUGA